UUCGGCCGGUGGGCGAGGGGUUUAUCUAUCUGGUGAGUCUGCCUGCGCGGUCUCUUGCAAUUUUGUAAAUCAGAGCGAAGGAAUCGGGUCCGGAAAAUCGAUUCUUCCCCACACUACACUAUCCUCAUCUCUCCCUACUACUACCUUGCUCUCUAUCCGAAUCCAAAAUCAGCAAAAAAGAAGAGCAAGAAAAAGAAUCAAAAUUCCGGUUGCCUGCUCCUUGCCGGAGAAAGAAAUGGAGUGAUUCCGUACGCUAAAAAUCUAAAUCCCUCUAGUCUGGAUUAGGGUUUAUCUUCCCCCCAAAGGGUCGAAUUCCAUCAGAAGUAGAACCCAUCAAAUUCCAUCACUGUAACCAAAAAAAGGGAAAACCCCCCCAAGAAAAAGGUCAACAAUUCACAAGAGUCCAUAUUUUUGAAUUGUGGAGCAAAUCACCAUUGAAAUUCUUCACUGCCCUUGCCUCCUUUGUGUGAUUUUUAUUGGAACUUAUCUCUCUGCUUCAGCUUCCCUUGGCCGUUUCUGGGUGGGAGAGAGAGAGUUUGUUACUAUCCUCUUCUUGCUUACUACUGCAGCAGCAGCAGCCUGACACACACCCCUCUGUUCUGCGAUAAAAUUUUUAUUCUGCCAUCACUCCACUUUCUUGGUGGAUGCCCCAAAUUUAGGAAUUUUCCAGAUCCACCUUUCGAGAAUUGUUCUAGAAAACCUAGAACCGGGGCUGUGCUAGUAGGUUCCAAACUGCACCGCUUCGUGAAAAGAUUUCUCUUGGAGGGUUUUUGUACUUGGAGAUUGUGGAAUUCCGGAAGAGAGCUAGAUGACUGUGGAUGAAGCGGGUAGCAGCUCUUCCUUGUGGACUUUUGAGCAAGAUAAGGCAUUUGAGAAUGCUCUGGCAACUUAUGCAGAGGAUGAUGCCGAUCGAUUUGAGAAGAUAGCUGCAGACGUCCCUGGGAAAACACUGGAAGAGGUUAAGCAGCACUAUGAGAUUCUCGUCGAGGAUAUUGACCUGAUUGAAUCUGGGCUUGUGCCUUUACCCAACUAUAAUUCUUCCUCUGAGGGUUCAUCUGGCCAGGCUGGUGAUGAAGGAACUGGGAAGAAAGGUGGCCAUGGAGGGCAUAACAACAGUGAGUCCAGUCAAGGGAAUAAGGGUUCAAGGUCAGAUCAGGAACGCCGUAAGGGAAUUGCUUGGACAGAAGAUGAGCAUAGGUUAUUCCUUCUGGGGUUGGAAAAAUACGGCAAAGGAGACUGGAGAAGCAUAUCCCGAAACUUUGUGGUAACAAGAACGCCUACCCAAGUGGCGAGCCAUGCUCAGAAGUACUUCAUCCGGCUGAACUCAAUAAACAAGGACCGAAGGCGUUCGAGCAUUCAUGACAUCACGAGCGUGAACAAUGCCGAGAUUGCAGCAGUCCAAGGACCGAUAACUGGUCAAGCAAACGGCACUCCUGCCGGCGUCAGUGGAGGAGUAGGGACUUCAGGGAAAGCGGGGAAACAACCAUCUCAACACCACCCUGGCGGGGGCCCUCCAGGAGUAGGAAUCUAUGGUCCUCCAACAAUAGGACAGCCCAUCGGAGGGCCAUUGGUAUCGGCGGUUGGGACACCCGUGAAUUUACCUGCGCCAGCACACAUGGCUUACGGGGUUAGAGCGCCGGUGCCUGGGACCGUGGUCCCCGGGGCUCCGAUGAACAUGGGUGGGAUGUCGUAUCCAAUGCCUCCAACGAGUACUCAUAGGUGAUGUAGAAUACAAAUGCAGAGCGAAGGUGGUAGCACAGAUGAGUUUAUUAUGGUUUGCAUUAAGUUAGAUGGAGGGGAAGUUUGUCCAUUGUAGGGGCUGAAUAAGAAUUCUUAUCUUAUAGUGGAAGCAAGCAGAAUGCUGUUUUUACUCAGUUCUUUUGAUUUGUUGAUGGUGGAGGCUAGACUAGACUACAUAUGCAUCUAUCCGUAUAGCCGGGCAGCAGGUGUGGGGAAGAUCGCGGCAGCAGCAGCAGCAUUAGAUGAUGAUGAUACAUUUGGGAGGCUGGUUAUGGAGAGAGGCAGCAGUGAUGGCAAGCAAUUUUCUCUUGUGGUUUUGUAUUUGUUCUUAUUUUCUUUCCAAUCCUUGCUUUGGGGAACUCACAGUUAGUGGUAUCAGAAAGACCAGACCAUUUUUAGAAGUAGCAAGCUGCAGGAGUAGUGAGAUAGAUGUGUCUGCAUCUUCCUUGGUUAUGGGAAAGAAGGGAGUUGUAAAGAUGCCAUUUUUAGUAUUCUGAGCAGCGUAGGCUGGUGGCAGUUGCAGGCAAGCACUUAUUGUGCAUCAUUAUUUUAAUACAACUCUUCUACCCCUUACAUCACCCAUUUUCCCUUCUACUUCACUUGCCCUCUUUUCUCGAUAUUCUCCACUUCCCCAACUCGGUAUGUUUCACAAUUCUGAACGGCCGGGGAUCUUUCAGACGUCGACGUCCGACCAACAAGGAAUCACCUUCGAUUUUGAUGAUCUUGGAGAAAGAUGAUGAGUCCAUAGCUGAGCUUUCCCCAGAGCAGAAUUUGGUGGCUCUUGUUUGUUCCUCCGUUGUCUGUAAUGCUUAGUUAGUUGUAUAGACAAU